CUGACUGCUGCUUUCACGUUUUACAGAAACCACGUUGUUUCCACAGACUUUAUUUAAUCAUUUAUUAAAAGGGGGUUGAGAUACAGAAAGCCUCCAUUUCACGCAAAUAAGUUGAUUUGCUGUCAUUUCACCUCUAAAUGGGUUUACUGAAUGCAAGUCAGUUUGCACUAAGAGCUGUCAGAUGCUACCUGAGACCAUUUCCAAACUCAAAAUCAUGGCUGUCCACCAAAGCCUCCCUGCUGGGGGACAGGAACAUCCUGCUCAUGGGUCCUCCAGGAGCAGGGAAGACCACAGUUGGAAGGAUAGUGGCCCACAAACUGGGACUGCCUGUCAUUGACGUUGAUGACGACGUUUUGGAGACAACAUGGAAGAUGCCAGUUGCUGCCAAGCUGGCUGCGAUUGGUGGAGAGCGUUUCCUGGAGGAAGAAGGACAAGCCCUGUGUAAUUUCUCUGCCUCUGGGUGUGUUGUUUCCCUGACAGGCUCGAACCCUCUUCAUGCUGAGGCGAUGCAGCACCUCAAACAGACUGGGCUGAUUGUUUACUUGGACGUGCACAGUGAGGACAUCAUACAGAGACUCGCCAGGAUGAAGGUGAACAGGAUAGUGGGCCAAGAGGCAGGGGUAUCCAUGAAGGACAUUUUGCAAUACAGGAAACAUUUCUAUGAGAAAUGGCUCGAUGUGCGGGUGUUGUGUGGAACAGGUGACACAGUGGAGGAGGUGGCGGAGAAGGUGCUGAAAGCUGUGGAGAGAUAUCAGAACCAUGCUGGAGAAACGUAUGUGUCAACUAGGAGUGACAGCCAAGGAUCAUCCAACCAGAAAACAUACUUCAGUGAUGUGGUGGUUGAGGGUCUGGCCACAGAUGGAGGCCUCUAUGUACCCAAAAAUGGCUUCCCAAAGAUGGAUGCUCGUGAAUGGCUGCGACUAGCUGACAUGUCAUACCCAGAGCGAGCGUUAGUUUUGCUUGAAAAGUGCAUUCACCCAUUACAUGUCUCUGCUGUGGAUCUAAGACAGAUGGUAUUUAAGGCAUAUGGGUCUAAUUUUUCCAGUGAGGCCAUCGCACCUGUAAAACACCUGAUGCACAAUCAGUAUGUUCUGGAGCUUUUUCAUGGCCCCACCGCCUCAUUUAAGGACCUCGCUUUGCAGCUGAUGCCCCAGCUCUUUACUUACUGCCUCCCAUCAUUGUGCAACUACCUCAUCUUAGUAGCCACGUCCGGAGACACUGGAAGCGCAGUGCUGAGUGGCUUCAGCAGGCUCAGCAGCACUGACAGACAAAGGACCGGGGUGCUGGUCUUUUUCCCAGAGGAAGGAGUGAGUGACAUUCAGAAGCUCCAGAUGACGAGCUACAAAGACGGUAAUGCCCGGGCUGUCAGUGUCCUGUCAGACUUUGACUUCUGUCAGAGAAGCAUCAAGAGGAUGUUUGGAGAAUCCGGGCUGACUGGGUACCUCGCUGUGGAGUACGGCACGGUCCUCAGCACCGCCAACUCCAUCAACUGGGCACGUUUGUUACCACAGGUGGUUUACCAUUCCUCCGCCUAUCUCAACCUGUGCAGAGAUGGUGUUAUCACGUUCGGGGAGCCCAUUGAUGUUUGCAUCCCCACUGGUAACUUUGGCAACGCCAUGUCAGCUGUGUACGCCAAGCAAAUGGGCAUCCCGAUAAGAAAAGUCAUCUGCGCGUCCAACCACAACCGCAUCAUCACAGACUUUAUCAGCACAGGCGAGUACGAUCUCCGGGGACGACCUCUGAUGCUCUCCCACUCCCCGGCUAUAGAUAUCCUGAAAUCCUCCAACCUUGAGAGGUUUAUCUACCAUGUCUCAGGCGGAGACAGCCAUCUUGUUAAGGACCUGUUCACAUGCUUAGACAAACAGCAGCACUUUCAGGUUCCUGAGCCUCUUCUUGGCAAGAUACAGCAGGAAGUGCAGGCUGGCUGGUGCUCUGAAGACGACUGCUUGGCCGCCAUCCAGAGCGUUCACACACGGACAGGCUACGUCAUGGACACACACACCGCCGUGGCUAAAGUUGUGGCUGAUAGGCUGCAGGACGGCUCGUGCCCCGUGGUGCUUUGUUCCACUGCUCACUACGGGAAAUUUGCUCCCGCUGUGUUCAAAGCGUUACAAAUCCAAAAUAUUCCAGAGGAUCCUGUGGAGCAGCUGAAGAAGCUGGGAUCAACUACAUCCAGACCAGAAAUGCACAGAGACAUGAUGGCAUGCCUGGAGGAGAAUGGCAGGAAGGGACACACUGUUUGUCAGGCAGAUUAUGGUGUGCUGGUAGAAGAAGUGGAGAACAUGAUACAGGACUCCUUUUUGAAAGUUAUGUAGGGCUACUUUAGCUUCAUCAUGAAUUUAGGUCAGAAUGAAUAAUUUACAAAUAGUAAUAUUACUCUUUUUAUGUCCUGUACAUAUCGUGUAUCAUAUGUAUUACACUUUUUUAAAGAAAAUGUUAUAAAAUU